AUGGUUAAGUGUCCUACUUCGGUCGCAGCGCCUACCCUUCCAGCGCCACUUCGAGCGCAGCCAUCUGUGCAACUGCAACAUGUUUCAGGUCGUUUUGACCCGAUUACGUCGCUGCGGGACCCAGAUCUUGGCGGAAAGUAUACGCGGGGAGACCGACUAACGAGACAGAUCUUUUCUGGUGGGCGUGUCCAGAUGGAGUGCCUACCUAGAUGCGAUAUUCCACUUCCUGAGAUCGGAGCAGCUCGAGUUUCCACAAAUUUCAACGUUUGCGCACAACCACCGGAGCUGUCAAUUCGAGUAAUUCACGAAGUGAGAUCGGUUUCGACGUUUUUGGCUGGUGAUCGAAGCAUUGAUUCUCGAAAAAUUGGUACCGAACAUUGGCCACUGAAGUUGAAUGUACAGUUUUAUGAAAGCUCACCUGAAGAAUACUAUGCUAAGGCAUGUAUUUUAACCGAACGAACCGGUCAAAUCACUUGUUUCAUGAACUCUACUUAUAACAAGGAAGCUCUGUUAGAUGAGUGUGAUUCGACAAGACUAGGAGUGUCCUCAUCAUUACCAUUGUUGCUACUUACUGGAAUAAUGAUAGUGCUCUUCCUUGCCGUCGGCGUUGCAGUGGUGUUCCUCGCCCACCACCUUUUCAUGCGACUCUCACGUGCGUCACGAUCACAUCCGAAGUUCCAUAAACAGUCACAGUGCGCCGCCCUUCUGCCAGCAAUCCAUACGCAAAAAUUCAGCGUUGAAGAAGAUCGACUGACAGUGAUAGAGGAGGAGAAAGAGGAAUCCACGUGCAGUGUGAUCGAAAGCGAUGGCAAAGUCUUCUCGUUCAUCACUAACGACACAACUCGGACGACACCAUCCGAAUCCGUGCAAACGGUUGCCACAACCCCAUUCUCAUUAAUGCGAACGUUUCAACCGUCUCCACAGCCGGUGUGA